GAGGCAUGUGAAGCGUGCAUGCUACCGAAUGGAAGGGUCGUAGUAAGGCCACGAUGCCCGAACCAGAUGAAAGGAGCCUCAAGCUUGACGGAUUCGGUGUGAGGAGGGAUUCCCGUGUGCGGUUGUUGGUCCUGCGGCGCUCGUAUUCGACAGAGUCCAGUUCCUUGGGGCCCUUCUGACCAGUUUUGGCCCCGCGUGCAGACAGCUUCAGCCCUAUGGAAACCCCUCCUUUCACUGCUUCCAGUCAUGACUUGGAACAUCUUACAGGGGCCAUGGUCCCUCGUGCCCUCGGAUCGGUCACUUUGUCACCGUGCACUCUUCGCUUAUGUCGUUUUCGUUAGCCCCCGGACGUGGUAAAUCCCACGAUGUCUUCAAAUCCGUGGCUUGCGUAGGAAACGAGAAUUUCAGGGUCUCGAUCAUCCCAAUUUCACCACCUGCCCAUCACCGUUGUGGUUGUCUCCAUUUCUCGCUGCAUAGACACUGUAGCCGAAGAUUAAGUCUACUCAACGCCACAGUUCACAAUAAUAGUUGGAGGUUGGAUUUCAUGUCAAUUCCUUACUGCAUGAAUCCUGUCUCCGUACAUCGUACACAAUGUUGUUACACGCAUUUCCUAGGGGCUAAAAGGUGCAUGGCCCAAUCCUGCGCAACCCCUUUUCAGGGCCGCGCCGUGCGGUGCAACGUCCCUUGGCCAACGGCUGCCACGCACAUCUUCCAAAAGAACUACGCCAACGUGCUCAACGCUUGUGAGCACCUUGAGCGCGCGGAGUGGCAGCAACAUUCCACGAGCUGUUGGGGACCUUUUCAUCAAGUGCUGCAGGUAAGGUCCGUGCGCUCUAUGUUGCAUCUAUCGGGACAGCCCAUUGGUGCUGUCAGAAGCGACCGUUCUCUGGUACACAAAUGUCAGCCCUUUCGCACAGGUACAGCAAAAGCUGUUUCGAAACAGGCUCUUUGUACUUCUGCCUGCUGAAUGGGGGUAUGCAGAGCGCUGGAAACCGGUAAUCGCUGUAGGCAAGUGGUUGAACGUGCAACAUCAUUGACAGGCGUCUGCAGAGGUCCUACGCGA